ACGCUUACCUGAUCUCGCGUACCAACUCCUCCAAGUUCUUAGUGAAUCACCACAAUAACAAUUAAUCAACUGCAAGUUGCUGAGACUCCCACGAUGCCUCUUCUCACCCCAUACAAGAUGGGCAAGUUUAAUCUUUCUCACAGAAUUGUCCUGGCACCAUUGACUAGACAGAGAUCUUACGAUAACGUUCCUCAGCCGCAUGCCGUUCUAUACUACUCCCAGAGAGCCACAAAGGGGGGUCUUCUCAUAUCUGAAGCCACUGGAGUUUCUGACACAGCACAAGGGUACCUACAUGCUCCAGGUAUUUGGACCAGAGAGCAAGUCGAAGCAUGGAAACCCAUUGUGGAUGCUGUCCAUGCCAAAGGAGGUAUUUUCUUCUGUCAAAUUUGGCAUGUCGGGAGGGUGUCAAAUAGCGGUUUCCAGCCAGAUGGGCAAGCUCCGGUCUCUUCUACAGACAAGCCAAUAUCUUCUCAACUUGAAGGCAUGGAGUUCACACCUCCGAGGCGUCUAAGGACAGAUGAAAUCCCUCAAAUAGUCAAUGAUUUCAGAAUUGCUGCGAGGAACGCAAUAGAAGCUGGUUUUGAUGGAGUUGAGAUCCAUGGGGCUCACGGAUAUCUAAUUGACCAGUUCAUGAAAGAUCAAGUAAACAACAGAACAGACCAAUAUGGUGGAUCACUAGAGAACCGCUGCCGAUUCACUUUGGAAAUAGUUGAGGCUAUAGCGAAUGAGAUAGGAUCAGAUAAAGUUGGAAUAAGACUGUCUCCUCAUGUAAACUAUAUGGAAUCGGGAGACUCAGAUCCUGAAGCUCUAGGGCUCUACAUGGUUAAAUCCUUGAAUAAAUACGGUAUUGCUUACUGCCACAUGGUUGAGCCAAGAAUGAAGAUAGGCGCAGGGAAUACAAAAUUCUCUGAAAGUCUGCUGCCUAUGAGGAAGGCUUUCAACAAUACAUUCAUUGUUGCUGGUGGUUAUGACAGGGAAGAUGGAAACAAAGCUCUUGAAGAGAACCGUGCAGACCUUGUCGCUUAUGGUCGCUUGUUCUUGGCAAAUCCAGAUUUGCCGAGGAGAUUUGAACUUCAUGCUCCUCUCAACAAGUACAACAGAGAAACAUUUUAUACACAUGACCCUGUUGUUGGUUACACUGAUUAUCCUUUCCUUGAAGACACUGCGUAGGGUUUUGAGUCACCAUAGUUGAAACUUGUAUUCUGUGAGUAUUUUUGUUGUUGUCGUCUGAUUGCUUUCAAUUAUUGUUUCUAUGAGUUUAAAUGUUUUGUAAACCAUUAAAAUAGUUAUAAUUCAAUAAUAAAAGCGGAUUGUAGACCAGCAUCUGGUCAGCAAUACACAUUUCAGAUUGAA